AUGUCGAUCCUCCUCUCCAUUGGCCUCAUCCACUGUGAGGCUGACCAUGGUGUCUUCUUUGCAUACUGGUCCUCUCUGCCUGACCCCUGCAUCACCCUACCUGCUGAUGGUUCACCACUCUACCUGGUGGUUCCUGUCCAUGUCAAUGACAGCCUGGGUGUCACGAACUCAGUACCUCUUUACAAAUGGUUCAUUACUCGCCUCCAGGAACACAUUUGCAUCAAGGACCUUGGCCCCUGCUCCCGUUUCCUGAGUGUGUCCAUCAUCUAUGACUGCCCAUCCUGUCGCCUCUGGUUCUCCUCUCACCUCUAUAUUGGUGAACUACUGGAAGAUUGGAACCUUGCCACAUGCAAGCCAUUGCCGACACCCCUGCCAUCCAGCUCAUAUGAUGCCUCUUCCCAUCUCGGAGUGAAAGUGGUACCAGCCCAGUGUGGCGCUCUUCCCCAGCAGCAUCUGGACACCAUUAAACAAGAUUACCAGCACCUUGUUGGCUGUCUUCUUUAUCUCACUGUCACUACCCAUCCUGACAUUGCCUUUGCUGCUAUGUGGCUUGGUCAGUUCUCUUCUGACCCUACCUGCGACCACCUGGUAAUGGCGAAACACACCCUACGUUAUCUUGCUGGCACCAAGGACCUCGCUCUCUGCUUUGGUGCACCCUCCUCCUCGGUCCCAGAAUCCCUGCGUGGUUUUCUACAGAACGUGGGAUGUUUGGAUGCAGAUUGGGCUUCUAAUGAUGACCGUAGGAGCAUUUCAGGUUACUGCUUCUAUUUUGAGGGCUCCCUGGUCUCUUGGUCCACUGUCAAGCAGAAGUCCAUUGCCCUUUCCUCCACUGAGGCAGAGUAUUAUGCAAUGACACACACCUUCCACGAAGCCAUCUGGCUCUGUCUCCUUUUAUCCAUCUUGAACUUUCCUGUCCCACAUCCUUUCCCUAUCCUAUCCGACAACCAAGCUGCUCUGAAACUUGCCUCCUCCCUCUCGAUUUCUUCUUGCUCAAAACACAUCGACAUCCGUCAUCAUUUUAUUCGUUCCCACCUUUCCAACAGUUCCUUUUCUGCUUCUUGGAUACCUACUGCAGAUAUGCCUGCUGAUAUUUUUAUUAAGUCUCUUCCCUUUUCUACUUUUUCCCGUCAUUGUGACAUUUUAGGCUUAGUGAUACCCCCUACUCUUUGA